ACUGUCGAGUUCGCGUUCUGAUAACUUAAAAUCCUUAAGAAAACAUCCAUCUGUUGUUGCCGUCGUCGUUUGAGACAAGCAGGGUUGUGAAAACUGGACGACGUCGAGCGCCAUUUUUUCCGGGAGCGAUAAUUUUCCGAGGGGGGCAUUUUCACGUUUUUUUCUUCACCGAAGUAUCCUUGCUGCGUUUUCAACUGCUGCUUCUGGCUGACGGCCAAAGUAGCUACUAGGAGGAGAGCUGGUGUUUGUGUAGUAGUGGUGUCGGUUUUCCCGUUCUGUUGGGGAUGCUGCGGCCACGGGGGAAAAAUCUUCCUUGAUGGCACACACAUUUGAAGUGUCAAAAAGCUCGGUGCGUGCGUGUUUUUGAUUGUGGGGUUUUGAUUUUAGAGUUUUUCGAAUCGUAAAAUUGUCGUCGGAACAAACGGAUGCUGGACACCUUUGAUCGGAAUCGGGACCACAGCUCGGUGUCCCAGCCGCGGAUGGUGACGGUCGGGCGUUUCAGGUUUUUAGAACGCGAACUUCCAGCUCAGUUGUUGUGAUGUUGCUCAGAAAGAUUCCUUCAUCUUGUAGGGAUUCGAUUGUAGGGCAGGGCGUGUAAAAUUCUUCACCGAUUCGACGAGUUAACCGAAAUUUUUCAUCUAGGGUUAAUGAUUUAGGGGGUGCUUCAUGAUCCGAAGACAAACGUGAUAAAAUUAUUCGGAAAAUCCAAUAGCAUUAGACUGUAUUAAGGCGUUUAUUUUAUUCCCAGAGUGAUCCAAAAGUGUUCAAUUGUGUUAGUGUGAGUGCUCAGCGUAGAAAUUCGUGAUUUUCAGAAGAGAAGUUGCCUUUCAGUAAAAAAGAAAACCCAAGUAAACCCAAAACCGGAAGCAACAUGAAACUGCGGGGGUUCCUGGGGGGAACCCUCCUGGUAUCCGGAUUUGCAGUGCUCUGGGUGCUGCUUCUUCUGCCGGGUCCAGGUGAAACCCUACCGGAUAUCAUUCGAAUCGGAGGCCUGUUCCAUCCGGAUGAUGACCAUCAGGAGAUUGCGUUCCGAUAUGCAGUCGAGAAGAUAAACUCGGACAAAACUAUCCUGCCUCGGUCCAAACUGUUGGCCCAAAUCGAACGGAUAUCGCCGCAGGAUAGCUUCCUGGCAUCGAAGCGGGUUUGUCACCUGCUGAGGGUGGGGGUGGCCGCCAUCUUUGGACCCCAAUCGUCGCACACCGCCAGCCACGUGCAGAGUAUUUGCGACACUAUGGAGGUAUGACCAAAACAUAAAUAAGGUUCUAAUAUCUCGAUUUUGAUGUGAG